GGCCUUGACUCCCUGGUCGAAUAUCUAUAACCGAGUCUUCUCCGUCUUCGCGCAGACCCCAAACCACAGCGAUGGCGAUCUCUGAGAAACCAAUCCUCCUCCUCAUCCUCAUCUCCCUCGCCGUCGUCUUCUCCGGCGCCGAAUCCGAUCGGGUCGCUGAGCUUCUCUCUCUCCAAUCUCGAUCCAAAUCGGGCGUGAUCCACCUCGACGAUCACUCCCUCAGCCGCUUCCUCACCUCCACCACAACCCCCAGGCCCUACUCGAUCCUCAUCUUCUUCGACGCCACUCAGCUCCAUGACAAGCCCGAACUUAACCUCCAAGGCCUUCGCUCCGAGUUCGGCCUCCUCGCCUCCUCCUUCAUCUCCAAUAACAAGGACUCUCCCUCCGCCUCCAAGCUCUUCUUCUGCGACAUCGAGUUCAAAGAGUCCCAAUCCAGUUUCGCCCAAUUCGGGAUCACCUCUCUCCCCCACAUCCGACUUGUUGGCCCCGAUGUGAAGAGCCUCAAGGAUUCGGAGCAGAUGGAGCAGGGGGACAUUUCUCGCAUGGCCGACUCCAUGUCCGACUUCGUCGAGUCCAGGACCAAGCUCUCCGUCGGCCCAAUCAAGCGGCCUCCGAUGUUCUCCAAGAAGCAGUUGGGAUUCUUUGUGGCGGCCUUCCUGGUGUGGGCGCCGUUUGUUGUGAAGAAGGUUUUGGCCGGCCAGACAUUGCUUCAUGAUUCGAAGAUUUGGCUGGGAAGUGCUGUGUUUGUCUAUUUCUUCAGUGUGUCGGGCACUAUGCAUAAUAUAAUUCGGAAAAUGCCCAUGUUUUUGGCCGAUCGGAACGAUCCCAGCAAACUUAUAUUCUUUUAUCAGGGGUCUGGUAUGCAGCUUGGGGCUGAGGGUUUUGCGAUUGGGUUUUUGUACACGAUUGUGGGCUUGUUGCUGGCUUUUGUGACGCAUGUGCUUGUUAGGGUGAAGAACGUGACUGUGCAGCGGGUGAUUAUGCUUUUCGCAUUGUUCAUUUCCUUCUUGGCAGUGAAAAAGGUUGUGUCUUUGGAUAAUUGGAAGACUGGUUAUGGGAUUCAUGCAUUCUGGCCUUCGAGUUGGAAUUGAGAUUAGAAGUAAUGCAUUAGUAGAUUUUUGUUACUCAAAGGUGAGAAUUUCGGGUCAGUUCGACUUCUUAUGAAUUAUUAUCAAACUUUGUUGAUUCGAUGCAUGACGUUGUGGGAAUUAUCAAUUAUUUAUACAAGAACUUGAGCUUCUUGCUAGGUCAA